AUUAUUGACAGCAUGGUGGCUGGCAUCUCUGGAGUGAAACCUUACCUUGAUGAUAUCUUCAUUGCUGGCCGCACCAAAGAGGAGCACGACCGUAUCCUCUAUGCUGUUCUCGAACGCGUCCGUGAGUAUGGUUUCCAUUUACGCCUUGAAAAAUGUCGUUUCGCGCUUCCCCAGAUCGGUUUCCUUGGAUUGAUCGUCGACAAGGACGGUAUUCGGCCUGACCCGUCCAAAACAGAAGCCAUUGCCAAGAUGCCACCCCCGAAGGACGUGAAGCAACUUCGCUCCUACCUCGGAGCUAUCAACUAUUAUGGUCGAUUCGUUCCACAGAUGAAGCACCUCAGGGCUCCCCUGGAUGACCUGCUGAAAAAGGAUGCUCGCUGGAACUGGACAAAAGAGUGUCAGAAAUCUUUUGAGCAGUUCAAGACCAUUUUACUCUCCGACCUGCUGCUUACUCACUAUGACCCAUCUAAGGAGAUCAUCGUCGCGGCAGACGCAUCGAAGUAUGGUCUAGGCGCUGUCGUCAUGCAUCGUUUCCCCACCGGUGAGGUGAAGGCAAUCGCACAUGCUUCUCGCUCACUGACGGCAGCGGAAAUGAACUACGGCCAAGUGGAAAAGGAAGCAUUGGCGUUGAUAUUCGCUGUCACCCGUUUCCAUAAGAUGCUGUACGGACGGCAUUUCACUCUCGAAACCGAUCAUCAACCGCUACUCAAAGUUUUCGGCUCGAAAAAAGGAAUACCAGUUUACACAGCCAAUCGUCUGCAACGAUGGGCUUUGACACUUCUCCUGUAUGACUUCGAGAUCAAGCACAUCUCGACGAUGAAUUUCGGCUACGCAGACUUCCUGUCCCGGCUGAUGUCAUCACAGCGCAGACCAGAUGAGGAUUACGUCAUAGCUGCCGUCUAUGUCGAAUCCGAAGCAAAGGCGAUUCUCGAAGACUCCAUCAACAAUCUGCCAGUCACACAUCAGAUGAUUGUGGCUGAGACACGUAAGGAUGCUGUUCUGCAGCAAGUGAUUAGUUACAUCAAUGAAGGAUGGCCAGCAAGCGUAAAGCUAAUCACCGAUCCUGAUGUGAAGAAGUUCUUUGUCAGACGUGAGGGACUUCAAGUCGUCGAUAACUGCGUCAUGUUCGGCGAUCGAAUCGUCGUUCCAUCAAAAUUCCGAAAGCGAAUCGUCCGCCAGCUACAUCGUGGGCACCCAGGAAUGGAGCUCUGGAUGAAGUCUCUGGCUCGCAGCUACAUUUACUGGCCGAAUGUUGACGACGAUGUGGCGCAAUUCGUUCGUCAGUGCGAUGCAUGUGCUGAAGCAGCGAAGGCUCCGAUGAAAGCAACCCUGGAAUCAUGGCCUCUUCCGGACCGGCCGUGGCAACGAGUACACGUCGAUUUCGCUGGCCCAAUCGAUGGACAUCACUAUUUCGUGAUUGUGGAUGCCUACUCUAAGUGGCCCGAAAUUUUUCGCACUAGAUCCAUCACCACGACAACAACUUUGGACCUGCUUCGUGAAACAUUUUCCCGUUACGGCAAUCCAGACACGCUAGUCUCAGAUAACGGAACGCAGUUUACGAGCGGACAGUUUCAACAGUUUUGCAGUGAGAAUGGCAUCAACCAUAUUCGUACUGCUCCAUACCACCCGCAGUCGAAUGGCCAAGCUGAACGUUUCGUGGAUUCCCUCAAACGCGGCCUUAAGAAGUUAGGUAAGGGGGAAUCACCAUCAUUACAGCAUCUACAGACGUUUCUUUCAGUGUACCGAUCAACACCCAACCGGAAUACACCUAAGGGAACGUCUCCAGCCGAAGCGUUUUUAAAAAGAACGAUGCGCACUACGUUGGAUUUGUUGAGGAAACCAUAUCCUCCGACUGCAGCCGUUAACCACAAACAAAAAGAACAAUUCAACAAACGGCAUGGAGCGGUCAAACGAUCAUUUGUAGAGAAUGACUUGGUGUAUGUUGAACAACACGUACACAACAAAAAGUCGUGGGUUCCUGGUCGAGUCAUUGAACCAAAAGGAUCCGUUCACUAUGUCGUGUCGCUUGACUUGCAUGGAAGACAGAAGCUGGUUAGAUCGCAUGUCAACCAAAUGCGUUCUCGCUACGGUUCCGAAACCCCUGGGCAAGAACAACAACAACUUCCAUGGGAAGUUUUAUUAGAAGAAGUUGGUACUACUGCUCCAGUGAAACCAGCUGGCAAUCAUGUUGCUAUUAAUUUGAACUCUACGGUGCCAGCUGAUAUACCUGUUUUUGAAAAUCCGUCAACCGAUUUCAACCCGCCAACAACCAAUGAACAACCAUCUGCAUCAGCAUCGGAAUCCAUCGCAUCCGAAUCCGUCAUAGCCGAAUCUAUCGCAUCUGAAUCCGUCGCAUCCAAAUCCAUCGGAAGCUUACUACGUCGUUCCGUACGAACACCGAGAAUCCCUCAAUGGCUCUCAUCAUACGACCUUUACUAAAAAGGGGGAGAUGUAGUAGGCUAUGACUACUAUGACUACCUAACAGUGGGAUUUUGCCUCAGCAAUAUUUCACUUCCUAGGCAUAGUAGCCUAUGCCAUGUUUAGUAAUAAAGCAGUUCAUAGUUAACCACCAAACUAGCAAGUUGGUUUUUAUUUGCUCUCUGUGUGAACUGUAACAACUACCAUGACGUACAGAUGUGCGUUAUUGCAGGCGACGCGCACACAAAUAUACUCGAGAGAACGAUCAUGGGAAGGUAAUUCUAUCGACUCGUAUGCGUUAGAAACGGCUAGCAAAACACCACCACCGCGAGAGCUAGAGCCGCUGAGAGAGCGAUCACAGCGGUACACAGAGAAGUUGUUGUUGAAGAGAAGAGCAGAUGGAAUGUUGUCAACAAGCCAAGUUUCCGUGAGGGCGAUGAGAUAGAAGUCAGCCUCCGAUACAGCUAAGUGAAAUUCUUUUGUUUUAGUACGCAAACCUCUAACGUUUUGAUAAUAGCAGCUUAAAUGCUCAGCGGUAGCGUUGUCAUUGUGGCAGUUGGAUAAAGCGGGUAUACGGUAAGUCAAUUGAGCUGCGUUGUCAGAGCAUGAGGCUUGGCGUGUUUGUUGCGUGCAAUGAGCGGAACUUCGUCUAGUUGAGAAAAAAGCGAUCGAUUGUAGACUGGUGUAGGUGCGGAGAUGAAGCACGGUAGUUUUGGGGCGGUCCAGAAACAAGUGUUGAGUUGGGUGCUUCCAAGGUAUCAUUCACCGGGGGGUGACACUGUUGUGAUGAUGUUGUUUCAGGACCAGGUGGAGUAGACGUGCGUGCGGCUAAACGGUGAGUCGUUGUUGGUGUGCGCGGGUGUAGCGGUGAUCAGUACUAGUAGCUGGUGUGCGUGUUGUAAAGCGGUUUCGGGUGGCUAUAGGAGAUGAGGUUUGGUGGUCGUGUUGACGGGAUUGAAAAAACUCACGUACACCGAUACCAACGGGCCAGGUGGAUGGUGUGAGUGCCGCAUCUCGAAGGAUAGCCGGAACUCUCAAUUUGAAUGCAAGCCAAUUCAUGCUGUCCACACUAACCCCUCUUCUCAGCAGGCAACACGCUAUAACGUCAUUGGUGGCUAAGCGACGCUUUACAGAAGCGACCACUUGUUCCACAGUGACGGCCGUUGAUAAGCGGGAUAGGCGGAUCCAGAUCCUAUCUGUGAAUGGCUCACGAGGUGCAGCUUGAAGCGGUGAUGAUAACGGAUCGGUUCCCACCAGUUCCUGCGGUUGUGUAGGUGCCGGCUGGACGGCAAUCGUGGUGUUGGUGUAUGCGUUUGGCGAUGACGCGGCACAAAAGGAUGUUGCCGCGACUGUUUACAAUUUUGUUUACACCAGGAGAUGCCGAAUUUUCGAUUUUGUGCCUCCGUUUUCUACCAGUAGCUGGUCGAGGAUCAGAGUCUCGAUUGUGAGGCGUGGAUGCAGUUUGAAGGAGGGUAAAACCACUGCGAACUUCGGCGACAAUAGGCUUAACGAGCUUGCCAAUAGCUGCUACAGCUGAGUUGAGGGCGGCUUGGAAACCGACCUGGGCGCCUAUUUCUUUUACCGAACGGCAGCGCGGAUUUUUAAGCAUGUUAGUGCAGCCAAUGCAGCUCCAGUGCAGGUCGACAUUGGACAAUACUGCGUCAAUCAGCUCGGGGGGCAAUUUGCAACAGCCGCGGUGGAACGUAGCGUCACAAUAUGCACAACUGAUGAUGCAGCCGGUGGCCUUUAGCGGUUCUGCAUACGAGAAGCAAAUAGCCGCCAUAUCGCGAAAUCACGCGUAAUCACAGCACAACACUGCUAAGCCGAGCAGGAAAAAACAGCAGGAAACCACAGUUGUGAUGCAACUAAACAAUUCUCCAAGACGAAGCGAUGAUGUUAAACAGUUUAAUAGUCCGUAGAAUAGGCAACAAUGCGAUGCGACGCAGAAAACACAAGAAAAUUAUUGAAAUAUCACGGAGCGCGACGGGAGGGCGGCCGAACAAUUAAACGUCAAACGUCAUAUCAGGAAUUCAUGAAGACCAUAUUCAGUGAUUUAGAUUUCGUUUUCA